GAAAAGAGAAUGUCGGACCAAUCCAAAUGCACCACCAUCUAUAUGUCUCGGGAGUUGAGACAGGCCAGCGACAAGGCUCUAUCGACAGGUGCUCAAGAGAUACGCUUUCCUGACCAUAAAUCACCACCAUCUCUUCGAAUUGGUCAAAUUCAGUCACACCAUUUGAGUUUAGGAAUCCGCCGCUCUUUCGCCUCCACGGACCUGCUCACCAAUGCGCAUCCGCAUUCAGCACACAGUGCACUUUCACUGGACAGCCUAGAGGGGGUGCUAUCGCUACACUCAGACUCUAGAGUGGAGCUCCAGCCUACCAGUGACACCACCCUGAACCCCAGGAGCUCCCACAGCAGCCGGCUUUCCCUGGAGGCCAUAGCGCUGCCUGCAGGCGGGGAGGGGAAGUGCAGCGACGGAAAAAAGAGUUUGGGCACGGAGCACGAGGAGAACUGGCAGGACGCCAGGGACGGCACCAACGAGUUGCACCCUGAGGAUGAUGAGGAUUCGGGGUCCCUUGAGUACAUCGAUGAGGAAGAGGAGGAGGAAGGGUUAAUGGUGGUAAACCUCAAAGCAAGUAAAGAGAAAAGGAAAAAGAGACAUGAUGUGGAGGGGACUUCAACUGAGAGCCCAUCAAAGUACCUACAGGAAUUCCAUAGUUUACCCAAGAGGCUAGUGCCCUCUGAGAUCACCCACUGUCUGUAUGAACUAGAGGAGGAGUGCAGGGGAGUGGAGAGAGAGAGCGACAGUGUCAAAUGGAAGAUGGAGCUAAUUCAUCGCAGCGUGGUCACAGUCCAGGAAACGCUGAGGACUCUUCUGAAACGCCUGGUGGAGGCUCAGAGCAACGAAGCCCUGGACCCAACCCCAAUACCGACCACCCACCACCUCCUCUCCACCACCCACCACCGCCCCCCUCACUCGCCCUCUCGCUCCCUCUUCCACUCCGCCAACCCUCUCUUGCUGGCAGACGCCCCCACCAAGAUCCUUUCCGCCUCCCAGGUGAACCAGGUGCCCUCCAACCUGUCCCAGUGUACACAUCACCACUGCCUGGCUCACCGUUCCGUGGCGCGCCGCCCAUCCGAGACUUGCCUGACCGAGGCCAAUGCCACCCUGACCCAGGGCCACUGCUGCCCCAGGACCACCAGCCCUGGAACCGCCACCCUGAUCAGCUGUGCCCAGCGGGGGAAGGAGAGAGCAGCAGCCCUCCAUGCCAUCACUGACCUGAGGAUGGACGUAGAGCACCUACGCGCGGCCUAUGAGGAGGGGCGCCAGGAGCACCGGGAGACCCUUGGGGUGCUGAGGGCCUUCCAGAAGGACAUGGGUACCCUGGUGUCCCACUGGCAGAGAGACAGACAGGACAGACAGAAGCAGAGUGACGUCGGCACACAGCUGGAGGCUAUCAGACAGCAAUCCAACAACGUCACUGAGAUGACUCGGCAGGCAGUUGCUGUGUUCGGUAAAGUGGGGCUUCAAUUGGAGGGGCUGGGAGCAGUAGGAACUCUGGUCCGCUCUGCCUCUACCAAGCUGACACCCAACAGGUAGGAGUGGGUGAGUGUGUGUCCGUGUGUGUUACCUAUUGGUAUGACUGUUGCAUGCACCAUGUUCUGUGAUCUGAUACUAAAUGUGUGUGUGUGUGUGUGUGUGUGUGUGUGUGUGUGUGUGUGUGUGUGUGUGUGUGUGUGUGUGUGUGUGUGUGUGUGUGUG